GCGCGCAACGUUCACCGCUCCGGCGCGCGUGCCAAAGCCAAUAGUUUCUCUGACAACUCUGGCACAGACAGUGAUAUUCUGCCAGAGGUCACGAGAAGGAGGUACGCCACAUUUCUGUGUUGGUGGGGAGCGUGUGUAUUUGUAUAUACAUUUAAAGGAAAGAGAGUUGUUUUCUCCCUUGCCAUACUUUCCAGUUCGCGUGUCACCAUUUCCUCCAAAAACGAGCCGGACUUUUUAGUGCGAGCUUCCCGGGUGCUCCACAGCAAGCGAAUAAUUGGCGCGGUCGUGGGCAUCGUCAUGAUCGUGGCGCUGGUCAUCGCAAUUCCGCUUCUGAUCCAGACCUCCGAGGUUUCAGCGCACUACGAAAUGAUGGGCACUUGUCGGAUGAUCUGUGAUCCGUACAACCCCAAACCGAGCGCCACGGCUCUGGAGGUGAUGCAGGAUCUCAGUGCCAUCCCACCAUCUUUCGCUCAAGGGACUAGAGGGGAACCGGGCCGUACGGGCAAACCGGGACCCAGGGGUCCACCUGGCGAACCAGGUCCACCUGGUCCAAGGGGACCACCUGGAGACUCCGGCAGACCAGGAUUUACCGGCAUCACGUCGGGAACGGCGAGGACCGAGACUGGAGACGUUGGUCCAGCGUUGGGGAACAUCAAGAUCGCGUUUUAUGUGGGUCUCAAGAACCCCCACGAAGGCUACGAGGUGCUUCGGUUUGAUGAUGUUGUGACAAAUGUGGGAAAUCACUAUGAUCCCACUACUGGCAAGUUUACGUGCCAGGUAUCGGGGAUUUACUACUUCACCUACCAUGUGCUGAUGCGCGGAGGGGACGGAACAAGCAUGUGGGCAGACCUCUGUAAAAACGGACAGCAAGAGCCCAAACCGAGUGCCACGGCGCUGGAGGUGAUGCAGGAUCUCAGUGCCAUUCCACCAUCUUUCACUCAAGGGACUAGAGGGGAACCGGGGCGUCCGGGCAAACCGGGUCCCAGGGGUCCACCUGGCGAACCAGGUCCACCUGGUCCAAGGGGACCACCUGGAGACUCCGGCAGACCAGGAUUUACCGGCAUCACGUCGGGAACGGCGAGGACCGAGACUGGAGACGUUGGUCCAGCGUUGGGGAACAUCAAGAUCGCGUUUUAUGUGGGUCUCAAGAACCCCCACGAAGGCUACGAGGUGCUUCGGUUUGAUGAUGUUGUGACAAAUGUGGGAAAUCACUAUGAUCCCACUACUGGCAAGUUUACGUGCCAGGUAUCGGGGAUUUACUACUUCACCUACCAUGUGCUGAUGCGCGGAGGGGACGGAACAAGCAUGUGGGCAGACCUCUGUAAAAACGGACAGGUUCGGGCGAGCGCCAUCGCGCAAGACGCCGAUCAGAACUACGACUACGCGAGCAACAGCGUCGUGCUGCACCUGGACUCUGGCGACGAGAUUUAUGUCAAACUCGACGGCGGAAGUCUAAAUCUUACUGGUUCUCUGGGCGAUUUAGUUCGGGCGAGCGCCAUCGCGCAAGACGCCGAUCAGAACUACGACUACGCGAGCAACAGCGUCGUGCUGCACCUGGACUCUGGCGACGAGAUUUAUGUCAAACUCGACGGCGGAAAGGCGCACGGAGGAAAUAACAACAAAUACAGUACAUUUUCUGGUUUCAUUCUGUAUCCAGACUGA